AUGAACCAAAACAUGUCACCCUUUGUUAUUUUCCCUUUUGCUCUCUUCCUAUUCUUCUUCUUGUUCAAAAAACACAAAACAUCCAAGAAUCCAACCCUUCCACCAGGUCCUAAAGGUCUUCCUUUCAUUGGAAACUUACACCAACUUAAUAGUUCAUCCCUUGGUGUAAACUUCUAUGAACUCUCAAAAAAAUAUGGCUCUUUAAUCUUUCUUAAACUUGGCUCAAGACCAACACUUGUUGUCUCAUCAGCCAAAAUGGCCAAACAAGUAUUGAAAACACACGACAUCGAAUUCUGUAACCGACCCUCUUUAAUCAGUCAUAUGAAACUCUCUUACAAUGGAUUGGAUCAAGUGUUUGCACCAUAUAGAGAAUAUUGGAGACACACCAAAAAACUUUCCUUCAUCCAAUUUCUUAGUGUCAAAAGAGUAACAAUGUAUUCUUCGGUUAGAAAAUAUGAGGUGACUCAAAUGAUGAAGAAGAUAUCAGAACAAUAUGUCCCCUCUAACAAACUUGUGAACCUGCAUAAUCUUCUUUCGUGUCAUACAAGUGCGAUCGUUUGUAGGACAGCGUUCGGGCGAAGGUUCGAAGAGGAUGGAACUGAGCGUAGCAUGUUUCAUGAUUUGCUAAAAGAAGCACAGGAGUUGACGAGUAUUGUUGAUGAACAUCUUGAUCCUGAAAGGAAGAAGUUGCAUCCACAUGAAGAGGAUGUUAUUGAUGCUUUGAUUCAUUUGAAGAAUGAUCCUUACUGCUCAAUGGAUCUCAAAUCUGAACACAUCAAACCUUUGAUCAUGAAUAUGUUGUUGGCGGGGACAGACACGAUUGCGUCUGUGGUAGUUUGGGCUAUGACUGCACUAAUAAAGGAUCCAAGAGUGAUGCGGAAAGUACAAGAAGAGAUUCGAAACGUAUUUGGAGCGAAGGGUUUUAUAGAGGAAGAAGAUGUUCAAAAGCUUCCAUAUCUCAAAGUAGUUAUAAAAGAAACAAUGAGAUUAUAUCCAUCAUUACCGAUACUUCUACCAAGAGAAACCAUGAAAGAGUGCGAAAUCGAAGGGUACAAAAUUCCUGACAAGACGCUGGUGUUCGUGAAUGCUUGGGCGAUUCAUAGAGAUCCAGAAGCAUGGAAGAAUCCAGAAGAGUUUUAUCCAGAGAGAUUCGUAGGAAGUGAUAUAGAUUUUAAAGGCCAAGAUUUCGAGCUGAUUCCGUUUGGUUCGGGGCGAAGAGUUUGUCCCGGCUUAAACAUGGGGGUUGUUACUGUGGAGCUUUUACUUGCUAAUCUUUUAUAUUUGUUUGAUUGGGAAAUGCCUGAAGGUGUAAAGAGGGACGAUAUAGAUUUUGAUAAUCUUCCGGGACUUGUUCAACACAAGAAAAAUCCUUUGUGCCUUGUUGUUAAGACUAGAAUUACAUGUGUGUGA